UUAAUAAUCCAUGUUUCUAUGGUGCAUUUUAUUCCCACACUUUUUCCCAGUUCCACACACUGAUGUUCCUAAAUUUUGAAUGUAAAAGUAAAGCACGACAUAAUUGUCAAGACAUGGAAGAUCAUUCAGAGUCUACCCAUGCUUUAAGCUCAGAUGACAACCUAGCAGCUGGUGGUGGCUUGAGCAGUCAUUCUACCCAAGAUACCUCAGUGUCUGAAGAGCAUCCUCAAACUGGCUCAUCAUUGUUUGGAGCCGUGGACACUGACAAUGCUCAGGGCAGCCCUGGCUCUCCGAGAACCAGGCCAGUCACUGGCGCUGGGCGGAGUCGACAUGGCGUGGUACGUGCCCAGCGUCGCCGAGAAUCGCCUCCGCCGCCGCCGCCUCCCCCUGAGUUUGGCGACGGUCCCGUGGUGGGCCAGCCAGCCGCGAGGGUCCCGACGCCGCCAACUGCUGCGGCGGCCACGGCCACAACGAUGCAAUCACAUACUGAAACCCCUUCAUCGCUAAGCCCAACGUCUUGCCGUACAAGCCCGCGGAACAACGAUGAAACAUCAAACCGAAAGGGGCUGGAAGGCCGCCCCGACUGCGCCAUCUGCCUCCAGACCUGCGUCCACCCGGUGCAGCUGCCCUGUCAGCACGUCUUCUGCUUCCUCUGCGCCAAGGGCGCCAUCAAAAACUCACGAAGGUGCGCCAUGUGCCGGUCGGAGGUGCCGGCCGACUACCUGGACAACCCACUGCUGCUGGACACGGAGCAGCUCCAGCUCGAGAUGGCGCUCACCGACGGCUACCAGUGGUUCUACGAGGGACGCAACGGCUGGUGGAAGUACGACGAGCGGACGGCGGCCGACCUGGAGGCGGCCUUCACGGGCGGCGAGAAGCGCGCCGAGCUGCUCGUGGCCGGGUACCGGUACGUGGUCGACUUCGAGACGAUGCUGCAGCUGCGCCGCUCGGACCCGGCGCGACGGCGGCGCGUCAAACGCGACCUCGCCUCGGCCGCCAAAAAGGGCGUGGCGGGGAUCCGGGCGGAGGGCGCCGCUGCGGCCGAGACGGAGACCGGUCUGGAGGGCGCGCUGCAGGCGGUGGCGCUGGCGGCGCCGGCGGCCGGCGGCGACGACCAGCGGCCGGCGGACCGAGACGGCAGCACGAGGCUGUAGCGGCCGGCGCAGAGGAUACCGGAUAUUCCUGGCAGACUGCUCGGACAGGGUUCUGCCCCGGGCCCAGGUCCGCGAGACAUGGACCCUUGUGGGGACAGCACGGUGAGCCCAGCCCGGAUGACGCACUCCAUGUGGUCACUGGCCGGGCGAGACACUCCGGAGGCUCCAAAGCACCUUCUUCUAAUGGAUAAGUCUCUGAACUCUCGGAGAAGGCAGACCGGAUAAAGCACUCCACAAAGAGCUCCUCAACCCAAGGAGUGGAGUAGGUGGUGGCUUGCGCUUGUUCACCGUUUACUUCGUCUCAGCACAGGCAGUGACGCAGCCUGCCUUGGUUUUAGAGGCGGGUAAUCGGUAUGGAGACUUCAGCAUUGUUACGCCGGAUAAUCAUGAGCAGCCACCGAAGUGAUUGGAGGCUGGACGUGAUGCUUCUAUGAAUGCUUGCCUCGGAAUGGAGGAUACUAUCCAAUCGUGCGUGCAUUGUAGAGUGGAAAGAUCUGAUGAAAUGACGCUCUGCGGCCCGGAUGGUCCGGCUCGCAGCCCAGUGCUGUUUGUGUGGCUUUAACUCAGAUGUGUUUAUUGAGCAUACUCUUUACGCGGUGUGCUCUUGUGACUAUGAAAUAUAUAUUGAUUGCUGA